GGGAGGGAGGGGGAGGAAGGCUUAUAAAGGAGACCCGAAGCGCGAGGCCGGCUUUCUAAGCGCGCCUGAGCCUGAGAGGAACGUAGGAGAGUUCGCAUCUUUCUGGGCUUCCCCUUUCCUCCGCCCGCCGCCAUGCUGGCCCUGCGCUCCGCCCGCAGACGCCUCCUCCUCCCGCUGCUCCUGGCGCAGGGGCCCCGCUCCGCCACCCGGGAUUGCAGCAACAGUAGCAGCCGCCGUGAGGACGAUGACGACGACGACAACAACCCGCUGGUCUUCCUGGACGUGGGCGCCGACAACCAGCCCCUGGGCCGCGUCGUCUUCAAGCUGAAAGCUGAUGUUGUGCCAAAAACAGCAGAAAAUUUUAGAGCUCUCUGCACUGGAGAAAAGGGUUUUGGAUACAAAGGAUCCACCUUCCAUAGAGUAAUACCUUCUUUCAUGUGUCAGGGUGGUGACUUUACUAAUCAUAAUGGCACUGGAGGCAAAUCUAUAUAUGGCAGCCGAUUUCCUGAUGAAAACUUCAUCCUUAAACAUACUGGACCAGGUGUUCUUUCAAUGGCUAAUGCUGGACCCAACACCAAUGGAUCUCAGUUCUUCAUUUGCACAGCCAAAACUGAUUGGCUGGAUGGAAAGCAUGUUGUAUUUGGUCAUGUGAAGGAAGGAAUGGAUGUUCUGAAAAAAAUCGAAAGCUUUGGCUCGAAGAGUGGAAAGCCUUCAAAGAAGAUAGUCAUUACUGAUUGUGGCCAACUGCCAGAAAUUUAGAUCUGCCAGUAUUUAUGGAGCAUCUGUGCUACAAAAGGGAAAUGAUAAGAAUUAUUACGAGCACAUUUCUCUCCUGGGUUUGGACUGGACUGAUAGGAAAACAAUCUUGGCUUGAGCCAUGAUCAGACAGAACAGCAAUAUUUUUAGGUAUUUUUUUAGUUCUGAAACAAUUGUACUUUUCUCAUGAAUGUUGCAAAUGUGAAGAUUCGCUAUUAUGCUUGAAAAUGGAAAAUGCAAGGACAACAAAGACUGUUAGCAAAGACUUGCUAGGAAACCUCAGAAAUUGUUCCAUGAGUCGGACUGAAUCUUAUGGAAAUAUGAACCCUGAGUGCUAAGAAGAUUAACUGGUGUUUUCCCACCUUAGUGACUCAAAGAGCAUCCUGCAACCUGUUUGGUACUUAACCUCCACUAUUUGAAAUGAAUGUAUUAACUGAUACUUAGUACUUGAAAAAUAUCUAGCCUGUAUAGACUGAUAUGUCAAGCAUAGCUCACUAAAUGAUUAAUUGUGUUGAUUUGAGAAUUUCGAGUCAACACAAUUCAGUCAAGGUAAUUGGAUGAACAAGUACUUCCUCCUCCUUCAGUGAAGUGUUUUCUUUCUGUUUGAAGUCUAACUGACAGCAUGCCUUUCAAUUGAGAUUGCUGUUGAGAUUGUUUUACAACCCCAAAGCCAUUAUUAUAUUGUAAAUAUUUGGUAAUUAGAGCAAUUGGAAAGUAGUAUUCUUUUUCCCCCUAGAAGAAAGAGGAACUAACUCUGCUCUGAGUUAUAUUAUUAUUAUUAUUAUUAAGUUUAUUUAUGCCCCCACUUUUUUCUCUUCACAAAGAGACUCAAAGCAGCUAGAAGACUCCAAGCAGUUUUAAAAUCUAGCAUGCAUAAGGACUCUUAAAACUAAUUUUGGCACAUGCCCAGUGCAAUACCGUAUUUCACCAAAGCUAAGGUACCCCCGUUUUUGAAGCUUCUGUUCUAGAAAAAAAGAGAUUUUAUUAGAAUAUAUUUUAAGAUUUCCUCUGCAUGCACAAUACCAUUUUUCCAGUGCAGCUUUGCAGUACCAAUCUUUCUUGUGAGGUGAGAAGGGAAAGUUAAGAAACCCAGAAGUCAUCUUGCCUGCAGGAGUCUAUUUUAUUAAGUCUAUGGGCCCAUUGGGGAGGCAAUGGAAGUCAGAAGUGGCACUUAACGAGAGAUAUUUGUAAACAGUCAUAUUGGCUGAGAACAAAACGGCGGGAGUUGGCCGUUUGUUGCUGGGGCCCUCUUGAGGGCAAGAGUUUUUAAAAGGUGAACGUAAGGCACCAUCAAAUCUUAUAUUCACCCAAUUUUUGAAGCCCCUUAAACAGGAAAAAGUGUGCCUUAGAUUAGAUUAAAUACAGUAGUUUCUUAAGCUAAUCUACACUCCAAAUAAGUAACUAUAUGUAGUGAUACUAAAAUUGAUUUCUUCUCUCCCUGUAGAUUGAAGCAGGGAAACAAUACAUUACAUCAAAACUUACAUAAGAACUAAUAUUGAGUUACUUUUGAGAAUUAAAACGAAAUAACUAAGGUUUUGACAGACUUAAGGAGCAGUGCAGGCACUUCAGCGUCGUCAUUUUUUAGUCCAGGGUUGGGCAACAUGUAGUGUGAUUUUCCCUACUUAGUUUAGCUAUAGUUACCUGCAGUUUCACAAAAAAGCAGCCUCACUUUUGAUCCCCUGAAAAACACAAUGAUUCUACUUUAAAGAAGUAAUUCCUUGCCGUUCCAGCUCUGAGUUUGUUUUUUUUCAGUGGUGUAGGGAGCAAUGUGCAGCAGACUCAACUUUGCCUACUUCCUGCUCACAAUUAUUUAUAUGAUCAGGGAAACUGAAAUUGGCUGAAGCGAACUGUAGCUGAAGAAAUAUUGAAUCAUAAAGGUUUCCUCAACAACUGAAGAUAGAUGGGAAUUGCAGUGCACCCAUGCAGGGCAUCAUUUUGAAGAAGGCUGACGAUAGCCUCUUGGAGAACUUAAUUGGCUUCCAUUCCCCAACCCUACCCCAUUCCACGGGACUAUCAUUAUGGCAGAAGGAAUGAUUAAUGGUUAAGCCAGUUUCUGUGGUAUGUAAUGUGUCUCAGGACAUGUGUAGCAAAUAAUUGGUAGCAAUCAUUACCUCAGGUAUGUAGGACUAAGCCUAUACUACUGGAAUUGUGAACAAGGGAGGAUGGCUCAACCACCUGAGUUUAUCUGUGUUAGUAAAGGUUGCUGAUGAUACACAACUUGGUGACCUGCAAUAGCCUUGGGGUUUUUUUUUUCUUUUUAAAAUAAGCUAGCAAUACCCAGGCUGUGUUUGCGGAGAUGGGGGAGCUGCCUGUGUUAGAUAGGUAUCUCUUAAAGGAUACACAGCACUUUGGCAAGCAAAAAAAAAAAAAAACCCACAGCAUAACUAUUUUUAGCAUUAUAUAAGCAGUAUUUAGAACAGAGAACAUUAAAAUGUGAAAACUUUCUGAGCCAGUGUGGUGUAUGGGAUAGACUGUUGGGCUGGAAUGUACAAAAACCAGGUUCUUGUCCCCACUGAGCCACAAAACUAAUGGUUAUUUUACGGAUCCUUCCCUUUGACUGAUGUAACUUAGAUGUUUACUGUGAUUAUGAAUAAAGUAGGGAGGAGAGAAAUAUUCAGGGAUAGUGAUGUUGCUGUGCAGCAAAACAUAACAAAAUUCACAAACGGCAAAGCAUAAAACAUAUCAUGUAAGCUUUUGAAGCUUCUCUGGCUUUUUCAUCAGGCAAAGAGUUUAAAAACCAUACAAGAAGAAACUGAUUAUGUUAAGAUUCAUUGACUUACUUUCUAUCAUGUUAGUUAUUGGCGAAUUUCAAAGCAGGCAGUGGCCAGUUCCCUCCUUGGCCUUGUAAAGAUUAGGGACAGACAGACAAUAACAUUUCAACUCCAUUAGCAACAGAAAAGUAACUUCUCUUGAGAGCUAAAUGUCCUAUCCUGUGUGAAGUGAACUGCUGCUUCCUUAGGCAGAGAAUACUGUAUUUCUUAGGGAGUUUUUUUACUGUUAUAUCUGGAAAUGUGUCAGGUGCUGCAUAGCUUUGCUAGCUGAGAAGGAAGGAUGUCUACUACCUUGAGGUUGGUGGGAGAAAUCUGGAAUAUAACAUAACAAAUAAUAUUGGCAUGUCGAAGGCUUUCAUAGCCAGAAUCACUGGGUUGUUAUGAGUUUUGCAGGCUAUAUGGCUAUGUUCCAGGAGCAUUCUCUCCUGAUGUUUCACCCACAUCUAUGGCAAGCAUCCUCAGAGGUUGUGAGGUAUACCUCACAAUCUCAGGAUGCCUGCCAUAAAUGUGGGCGAAACGUCAGGAGAGAAAGCUCCUGGAACAUAGCCAUACAGCCCAGAAAACUCAGAACAACCAAAUAUUGGUAUGUUUGAUUUCUCUAACAAGAAUACACUGUUGUUGCUUUAAAGUGCUAUUUUUGCAUUUUGCAUCCUCAUACAUAGAAAACAAAAACAAGAUGUGAUGCUACUUCAGUCCAUUGUUCUUGUAUUCUUUUAAGUAUUUUUCAGUUGUCAAUACUUUGAUUGAACUAACAAAUACUUUUGUUACAUGUUCCGUUUUUGUAUAUCUGAGAAGAUUAAAUGCCUUUUGUAAGAAAUAA